AUGGCGUCUCCUUCGCUCCUACACUCUUCCGCUUCUUCGUUUCACGGCCGUUUUCCAUCGCUAGCGGCUCCAUCCUCCGCAAGGGUGCUCAGAAACUCAGUGGUCAAAGUCUCGGCGUCCGGAACUGUGCUCGUCGAGAAAUCUGAGGCGGAGAAGACCAAGCGGCUCAAAACCGCUUACCUCGAGAGAAUCAUUCCUGCGCUCAAAGACGAGUUCAAGUACAUUAAUAUUCACCAGGUUCCAAAGGUUCAGAAGAUUGUAGUGAAUUGUGGUAUUGGAGAUGCAGCGCAGAACGACAAAGGUUUGGAGGCUGCAAUGAAAGAUAUAGCGCUUAUUACAGGGCAGAAACCGGUGAAGACACGAGCCAGAGCUUCCAUUGCCACUUUCAAGAUUAGGGAAGAUCAACCGCUUGGGAUUGCUGUCACUCUCAGAGGAGAUGUAAUGUACUCGUUCUUGGAUCGUCUUAUCAAUUUAGCCCUUCCAAGAACUCGAGAUUUCCAAGGGGUGAGUCCCAGUAGCUUUGAUGGGAACGGAAACUACAGCAUUGGUGUGAAAGACCAAAGUGUAUUUCCUGAAAUCAGAUUUGAUGCCAUUGGAAAAGCAAGAGGAAUGGAUGUAUGCAUCAGCACUACAGCUAAAACCGAUCAAGAAGGACAGAAGCUAUUGGCUCUGAUGGGAAUGCCUUUCAGGGAAGGUGGCGGUGGUGGCAACCUAGGCGCGCCAAUGCGGAAGAAGAAGCUAAAGGCUCAUCAUUUUGAUGCUAAAGGAAAAGGAAAGGGAAAGAAAUGA